AUGAAGUUACUUGGCUGGAUGCACAGGAAGUUUCGCCAGAAUAACAAUGAACCGUUCAAAGACUUGGUCAUUGGGCAGCCAUCACAUGAUGAUGAACCAAACUAUCACAAAUCAAAUUCUGGGAUCAAACUUUUCAAACAAACCCAAAAAGGUCUCAACCUUAGAAAAUCCUUUGCUGGUUUAGAAGCAGCAACUGCAGAUGACGACUAUGAGGGAGAUUCAUCUGCUGCUAUGUAUGAUAUCUUUCCUGGCUUCUUGGCAAUUGGAACACUUGGUUCAGAGCAAGUUAUUUCUCACCCAUCAACACCAACAUUUGGCAUCUCUGUUGAGAGUAUAACCGAAAAAGAAGAUGAAGUCACUGAGAAUGAUCUGAAGCUCAUCAAUGAUGAGCUAGAGAAAGUGCUAGGAGCUGAAACUAAGGAUGAUGUCAGCACUGAUUCAUCUGGCAGAAAUAGCCUUGUUAGCACUGGGAGAACUAGUCAUGUUAGCACUGGGAGAAAUAGCCAUGUUAGCACUGGGAGAAAUAGCCAUGUUAGCAUAAUAACACUAGGUGGAAAGCCAACAGAGGGCACAGAAUCAAAUGGGAAUGGAACUGCAAUUUGUCCACUACAGGGAUAUCUCUUUGGAACAGCUAUUGAAGUAUCCGAAACAACCACAGUGUCAAAGAAAGAGCACAGGAUAUCACUUGGGGAGCUGUUUCAAAGAAGCAAAGAGGAGAAUUUUAGUGCAAAAUGUGAAAAGGAGGAUAAAAGAACUGAGAGAGAAGCAGAUAAAUCUGCCCUGAACCUGAUGAAAGAAAAGCUGAAAAAAAGAAUGUUCCAUGCUUGUUCAAGAAGUUCUACCUCAAUAAGUGGUGGGCCUAUUGAUUCUGCUUCAGCAGAGACCAAACUGAAUAAGAUUCUCCAUAUGUUCCGCAAGAAAGUUCACCCUGAAAGUUCAACAGCUGCUCAAAAGUUUGCUAAGCACAGAAAGAAUGAGAACAAGAAGAAAAUAAUCAAUGAUGGAGGCCAUAACAAAGGAGACUUGGUGCAUCCAAAGGAAGAUUCAUCUGCGAGCAGGGAGCACUGGAUCAAAACAGAUGCAGAUUACUUAGUUCUAGAGCUCUGAAAGGCAAAGAAAUUGAGCUGAUUUUAAGCUGUUAUCCUCUAUUAAUAAUAA